AUGUUCAACCGCAAUCUGAACGAGUUUUCGGGCCGUUUCGUAACCGUGGACGAAACGUGGAUCCAUCACAACAUACCAGAGGCCAAGGAACAAUCGAAACAGUGGGUUUCUUCGGCUGAACGUGCACCAAAGAAGGCCAAGGUGGGUCUGGCGGCCAACAAGGUCAUGGCCACAGUUUUUUGGGACGCAAGCGGUAUCAUUCACAUCGAUUACCUUCAGAAAUGUAAAACAAUUAGCGGUCAAUAUUAUUCAGAGCUUUUGGAAAGAUUCGAUACUGAUUUAGAGAAAAAUCGACCGCAUUUGUCGAAGAAAAAAGUCCUGCUCCAUCAAGACAAUGCACGUGUGCACACGUGUGUAGUUGCGAUGGCAAAAAUCCAUAAAUUGCGCUACGAACUGCUACCUCAUCCAGCAUAUUUUACAGAUUUAGCACCCUGCGACUAUUUCCUGUUUCCAAACUGGAAGAAAUGGCUGGGCGGUAAGAGAUUUGGGUCAAUUGAAGAGGUCAUCACCGAAAGAAACGCCUAUUUAUAA